AGCUUUCCCACGCUUUCCAGCCUUUCACCGUCGCAGACAGGAACAGACAACCUCCAACCAAGCUCGGCCCCCUGCAUGUGCAGCAACGAGCGACAGCUCACAACAAACGGCGUACUCUUCCCAAAGACAGCGAACCAAUGCACAGCAACAGCCGGUUGUCCAAACCAGCGAUGACCAAAACCAGCAUCGCAUCUUCAACACAACGAGCACCCCGAAAACCACCACCACCACCACCCAUCUCCGCCUACCGCAACCGCAUCCCACCCGUCGAUCCACUACCACUCCAUUCCGACUCCACAUCAUCAUGGACGCCCCGCGAACUGCGCAUGCGGCGCGACCGCGAUGCUCUGGAGAUCAAGUACCGACAAAUGGAGAGUCUGCUACGAGAGGCGCACGAGAAUAUCGCGGCGUUGAAGGAAGAAGUUAGAGGGUUGCGGAGGGCGGUUGUUGAUGGAGGGCGGGAUGGACGGCAGGCUGAUGCGGGGAAGGGAGAUGUGCGUACCCCAUCGGCCGACUCGACCAUGGAUGGAAGGGACGCCACUGUACUUUCACUACGAAAGGAGCUCGACGCCUGUCGUCGUGAGCUAACCCACCUGCGAUGUCGAAGUGAGCUGUGUCCCUGGUGCCGAGACGAGCAGCAGCGAGAUGACUCAUCCGGCAUGCGGUUGUCUGAAGCUGUGGAUGAUAGCUUUUUCAGGCCCGCUGGGAAUGGGCGUAGGAUACCGUGUGCGGGUGUUGUGCUGGAUGAUGUUUACACCGACCAGACUUCGUCCUGCGGUGCGGAAGGGAUCGACGGGGCGGGACUGGAUGGAGGAACCGAUGCGGAAGCUACACAUGCAUCGGACUGGAACUCGUCCUGUAUCGAGGAAGAUGAACGAGUACGGUCAGAGCGAAGACCGAGAUCAGAACGGGGGGUUGGCACCAACUCGGAUGAAGGCCGCUUGAAAGGCACAGACUUUUUAGAAGCGCUCAUGCAGGAAGCACGAUGUGGAACGCGCGGGAUGCAGGCAUCGCAGAACCAACCCAGCAUGGCCGAGAGCGCGAACGCGGGAGAUUCACCAGAAUUCGAACCUUCCUCGUUCUUCGACCCAUCCAUAUCGUGCAUCACUGCGGAUGAUCAGCCGCCGGAGGUUGCCAUUCGCAAGGUCAAGGAAGAACGAGAUGCUUUAGAGGAAGAACUUAUUGAGACAUAUAAGCAGUUGCGACGUGCAACGACAGAGAUCGCCAGACUGAGUGUUGCAUCGUCACUUAUGAAUGAAAAGAUUCUGAAAGCGUAAACAGUGCACAGUUUCGCAAGGGGGAGUUUUUCUUCAUUCGAGUAUGCCAAGCAGGCUUUAUUAUAUGUACAGGAGAUUGAAGUUCACUGCUUCCCUCCGACGACGAGGUCCAUUCUAUGCAAAGUGUAUGAGCACGGACGGACGUGAUGAUGGCUCGAGUUUCAGUUAUAGUUCAGAGAGGUCGCAAUUCAUGCGCUCCUAAUAGAUCCAACCUUGCUGGAAGUUCCGGUCUCCCAGAUUCGAGUUGUUCCGACUCGAGUUUUCCCGAUCCGGCACAUGUAUGCGCACGUCAUCCCCCUGCCGGUACGCGUAAGUCCCCGAGUGCGCCCGGAACUGAUCAACCGAGGUAUCGUGCGAGC